GCCGUUUGGUCGACUACAGCCGAAGAACGGAGAAGAAAGAAACAGCCGAGUCCAGAGCUAGAAGAAGCCGCCGAGCAGAGGAAGGGGAGGGAAGCAACGGCGAAAUGACGAUCCGGUUCGUGCUGUUCGUGAACAAGCAGGGCCAGACACGUCUGGCGCAGUACUACGAGCACCUCUCCCUCGACGAGCGCCGCGCCCUCGAGGGCGAGAUCGUCCGCAAGUGCCUCGCCCGCACCGACCAGCAGUGUUCGUUCGUGGAGCACCGGAACUACAAGGUCGUGUACAGGCGCUACGCCUCCCUCUUCUUCCUCGUCGGCGUCGACAACGAUGAGAAUGAGUUAGCUGUCCUCGAAUUCAUACAUCUAUUUGUGGAAACUAUGGACCGCCACUUUGGCAAUGUGUGUGAGCUUGACAUCAUGUUCCAUCUGGAGAAGGUGCACUUCAUGCUGGAAGAGAUGGUGAUGAAUGGUUGCAUUGUGGAGACAAGUAAACAGAACAUCUUGGCACCGAUCCAGCUUAUGGAGAAAAGUUCUUAAAAAUUGUUACCUCCAAAUGUCUGGUUCACCAUCCUCUGCUUCUUAACACCACCGCCUCUCCCCUGCAAUAGAUUUUUCCGUCUGUAUCUGAGUGCCAACAAUUUGCUCUAAGCAUAGAUUAUUGAAUUGACCUUAUUGGAAGCCAUCAGAUCAUUUAUGAUGCUGAAGAUAAGGUGGCAUUUCUUCCUUUUAUGUUACCACAACUUGUCCAAAAUGGAUGUUGUUCUAGUCACCUAGAAUGCGUAUAUUUUUAA